AUGCCAUUCUUUAAGAAGAAGAAAUCAGCAGCUGAUGAAGCUGCUGGUGGUGGUGGUGAUUCUUCGAUGUUUGAUAUAACACUUGAUCAAUUGAAAGAACUUAUGGAAGUACGUGGAAAAGAUCUUAAGGAAAAACUUAAAUCAUCAGAAUAUAAUGGUGUUAAAGGCAUCUUAGAAAAAUUAAAAGUCGACGGAAAAAAAGGACUUGACUCAAACAAUGAAGAAGAUUUUAAACAACGUGUCGGAGCUUAUGGGCGAAAUGAAAUUCCACCGAAACCAAUGAAAACAUUCAUAAGAUUAUGUUACGAGGCACUUCAUGAUAUGUUAUUAAUUAUUUUAUUAGUAUGUGCUAUUGUAUCAAUUGGACUUUCAUUUUAUAAAGCACCCUCAAAUGGAACGGAAGAUGAUGAACCUAAUCUUGAAUGGAUUGAAGGUGUAGCUAUUCUUGUUGCUGUUCUUGUUGUUGUAUUUGUAACAGCAUUUAAUGAUUGGCGAAAAGAACGUCAAUUUCGUGGUUUACAAAAUAAAAUUGAGAAAGAUCAACAAACAUCUGUUAUACGAGAUGGUCAUAUACAAGAAAUUCCUGUAGCGGAACUUGUUGUUGGUGAUCUUUGUUUUAUUAAAUACGGUGAUCUUCUACCAGCUGAUGGCUUGGUUGUUCAAGCAAGUGAUCUUAAAAUUGAUGAAUCUUCUAUAACAGGAGAAACAGAUUUAGUAAAAAAAGGUUCAAAAGAUGAUGUAGGAUUAUUAUCAGGUACAAAUGUUAUGGAAGGUAGUGGUCGAAUGGUUGUUGUUGGUGUUGGUCUUAAUUCUCAAGUUGGAAAUAUCAUGAGUUUACUUGGUGCAACUGGAGGUGAUUCAAAAAAGAAGAAGAAAGGGAAAGGAAAAGACAAAGACAAAGACAAAGGCAAAGACAAAGGCAAAGACAAAAAGAAAGAUGAAAAAGAUGAAAAAUCAAAAACUAAAAAACCUAAACCAUUAUCAUCAACAAAAGUUUCACCUGAUAAAUCCACAUCCGAUGAAAAAGAAAGUAAACGUCAAACAACAACUGUAGAAACAAUAGAUGAAACAAAACCAUCAACACCUAAACAUCCACGUGUUCGUAAAUUACCAGAAUUUAAACAAUUAAGUACUGAUGAACAAGAAAUGAAACCAAUUAAAAAGGAAAAGAAUACUAAACAAACAAAAGAACCUAAUACAAGUGAAAGUAGUGAUGAUGAACAAGAAAAGAAAUCGAAGAAAGUAUCUAGUUCAAGUGAAAGCAGUGAUAAUGAUGAAGAUCAAAAGAAGAAAUUAACAAAAACAAAAGUUAAGAAAGAGGAAGAAACAAAAAAAUCUAGUUCAAGUGAAAGUAGUGAUAGUGAAGAAAAGAAGAAAUCCAGUUCAAGUGAAAGUAAUGAUGAUGAACAAGAAAAGAAAAAAUCCAGUUCAGACGAAAUUAAUAAAGAUAAAUCAAAAAAAUCUACUGAUGCAACUGUUGAAAAACCAAAGAAAUCUAGUUCAAAUGAAAAACGUGAUGAAGAACAAAAGAAGAAACCAACAAAAACUCAAAGUAAUAAUGAACAAGAAAAGAAGAAAUCCAGUACAAGUGAAAUUAACAAAGACAAAACGAAGAAAUCGAAUUCAAAUGAAAGUAUUACUGAUGAACAAAAGAAGAAACCAAUAAAAGAUCAGAAACGUGAUACACAAGAAAAGAAACAAUCUAGUUCAGGUGAAAUUAACAAAACGAAAUCGAAAAAAACUGAAAAUGCAAAUGAUGAACAACAGAAGACAUCGAGUACAACUGAAAGUAGUAGUGGUGAAGAACAAAAGAAGAAAUCAACAAAAACUGAAACUACUGUUAAACAAGACAAGAAAAAAUCUAGUUCAAAUGAAAGUAUUAAAGAUAAACCGGAGGAAAAAUCCAGCUCAAGUGAAAGCAGUAGUGAUGAAGAUGAAGAAAAGAAAUCAAGUAAAAAUGAAAAUAAUGAUACAAAACAAAAGAAGAAAACAACAAAAACUGAAACUGUUGUCAAACAAGAUAAGAAGAAAUCCAGUUCAGGUGAAAGCAGUAGUGAUGAAGAAGAAGAAGAAGUAAAGAACUCAGAUAAUGACAAGAAAUUAAAGAAAAAAUCAACAAAAACUGAAACUAUUGUUAAACAAGACAAGAAAAAAUCUAGUUCGAAUGAUAUUUCUAAAGAUAAACAAGAGAAAAAAUCCAGUUCAAGUGAAAGCAGCAGCGAUGAAGAAGAAGAAAAAAAGAAAAAGUUAACCAAAAGUAAAAGUACUGAUAGUAAAUUAGACAAGAAAUCAAAUAAAAAUGAAAGUAGUGGUGAUGAAGAACAAGACAAGAAAUCGAAUAAGAAGAAACAAGAAGAAAGUGAUGAUGAUGAUGAACGACCAUCAACAACUUCAUCUAUUCAAACAAAAAUUGCUAAGGAUGAUAAAAAGAAAUCUGGAAAAGGAAAAGAUGAUAAGGAAGAUUCAGAACAGAAACCACCUGGAUUAGCUGCAUUAGCUGAAGAUGCUGAUGACGAUGAUGAAGGCGGUUCAAACGAUGAAAAACAUAAAUCUGUUCUUCAAGAAAAAUUAACAAAAUUAGCUCUUUAUAUCGGUUAUAUUGGUAUGGCUGCUGCUGUUCUAACAUUAAUUUGUUUAAUUAUUCGUUUCUGUAUUUCAAAUUAUGUUGUGAAAGGCAACAAAGGAUCAGGAGCUGAUGUUUCUUAUUUUAUUUCUUUUCUUAUUCAAGCUAUCACUGUUGUUGUUGUCUCAGUACCAGAAGGUCUUCCUUUGGCUGUUACACUCGCUCUUGCCUAUGCAGUUCGAAAAAUGAUGACAGAUAACAAUCUUGUUCGACAUUUAGAUGCUUGUGAAACAAUGGGUAAUGCAUCAACAAUAUGUUCCGAUAAAACAGGAACAUUAACAACAAAUCGAAUGACAGUUGUACAAUGUUAUUUUAACGGAAAACAUUAUGAUAAAUUACCAAAAAAAGAUGAAAUUGAUAAAGAGAUAUUAGCAACUCUCUUCGAAGGAAUUACUGUUAAUUCAAAUUAUACAUCAAAAAUCGAGAAAGCAAAAGAUGAUGAAGGUUUACCAAAACAAGUUGGUAAUAAAACCGAAUGUGCAUUACUUGAUUUAAUACAAAAAUGGGAUGGUUCCUAUGAUGAAAUUCGUAAGGAAAUUCCAGAAGAAAAAUUAGCAAAAGUAUAUACAUUUAAUUCUGCACGAAAAAUGAUGUCAACAGUUAUUGAACGUGAGGGAGGUUAUCGACUUUAUACAAAAGGCGCAUCAGAAAUGGUUUUAGCAAAAUGUAAAUCAAUUAUUGAUAAGGGUGAUAAACCCAAAGAAUUAAAUGAUCAUGAGAAAAAGAAAAUAACAAAACAUGUUAUAGAAAAAAUGGCUAAUGAUGGUUUACGAACAAUUUGUAUUUGUUAUAAAGAUCUUGGUGAAGAUAAACAAAAUUGGGAUGAUGAAGAUAAAAUAAUCAAAGAUUUAAUUUGUAUUGGUAUUGUUGGAAUUGAAGAUCCUGUUCGUGAUGAAGUACCAGAAGCUAUUGAAAAAUGUCAAAAAGCUGGUGUUGUUGUUCGAAUGGUAACAGGUGAUAAUAUAACAACAGCUCGUUCGAUUGCAACUAAAUGUGGUAUAAUCAAACCGGAUGAUGAUUUUCUUGUACUUGAAGGAAAAGAAUUUAAUAAACGUAUUCGUGAUUCAAAUGGAAAGAUUUCACAAAAGAAACUUGAUGAAAUUUGGCCAAAAUUACGUGUUUUAGCACGUUCAUCACCAACAGAUAAAUAUAAUUUAGUAAAUGGUAUUGUUGAAAGUAAAGUAACAGCACAUCGAGAAGUUGUUGCUGUUACUGGUGAUGGUACAAAUGAUGGACCUGCACUUAAACGUGCUGAUGUUGGAUUUGCUAUGGGUAUUCAAGGAACAGAUGUUGCUAAACAAGCAUCAGAUAUUAUUUUAACUGAUGAUAAUUUCUCAUCGAUUGUUAAAGCAAUGAUGUGGGGAAGAAAUGUUUAUGAUUGUAUUGCAAAAUUUCUUCAAUUUCAACUUACUGCUAAUUUAUCUGCUGGUGUUUUAUCAGUUGUUUCGGCUGCAGCUAUAAGCAGUGUUCCAUUACGAGCUGUUCAAAUGCUUUGGGUUAAUCUUGUUAUGGAUACAUUAGCAUCACUUGCACUUGCAACUGAACCACCAACAGAAGAUUUAUUAAAUCGAAAACCUUAUGGUCGUACGAAAUCAAUUAUAUCACCAAUGAUGAUGCGUAAUAUUCUUGGACAAUCGAUUUAUCAACUUAUUAUUAUGUUUGUUAUACUUUAUGCCGGACAAUACUUUUUAGAUGUUGAAUCUACUGUUAAUAAAAUUCAAUCAAGCCCACAAUCUGGAAGAGAAUUAAGUCAACAAUUUACUUUGGUAUUUAAUGCAUUUGUGCUAAUGACUUUAUUUAAUGAAAUUAAUUCAAGAAAAUUACAUGGUGAAAGAAAUGUAUUUAAAGGAAUAUUCAGCAAUCCAUUUUUUUAUUGUAUUUGGACAUUUUGUUUUGUUGCACAAAUUUUAAUUGUUACUUUUGGUGAUAAAGUUUUUAGUUGUGCACGAUUAAGUAUUAUACAUUGGGCAUGGAGUUUACUUUUUGGUCUCGGAUCACUUGCAUGGCAGCAGGUUCUUCUAUUUAUUCCAAUUGAACCAUUUAGUAAAUGUUUUUCAGCUGUGUAUCGUGUUUGUUGUCCUUGUCUAUAUAAAAAACAACUUAAAGAAAAAGAUGAAGACAAAGGUGAAGACAAAGGCGAACGACCAAAGUCUGCUGAUCAAAAGAAACAAAAGAAACCAUCGAAAAAAAGUGAUUCGGAUGAAGAAAGUGAUACUGAGCAUAAUCCACCAGCACCUGGAAAAUAUGCAACAAUUGGUCAUUUAACAAAUGCAACAGUUGUUAUGAAACCACCACCAAUAUUUGCAAGAUAUAUGCUUCGAAAAAGUGUCGAUCGACUUAAUACUGAGUUUCAAGUUAUUAAUGCAUUUCGAUCACGACUCGAAACAGUUAAAGAUAAACGAAAUGAAGAAACUGUUGAACAGAAACGUAGUAGUGUAGCUAAUAUCAUCGAUGAAGAAGUGUGA